AUGUCUUCUUCGGCGAGCACCCCGUCCCUGCGCACGCUGUACCGGCGUCUCCUGCGUGAACUCCCUCCGACGCCACAACCACGGCACACGCUGCCGCGGUCGCCCAUCCACGCCUCGAUCCGCACGCACCUAUCUUCGAUCCAGCAACAGCAGCAGGCGGACAACUCUUCCCACGGCACGUCCCCGACCCCCGCCGCCAAUGCGGAACCCCACAAGCAAGUCGCCCGCCUGCAGGAGCUCGAGCAGUUCGUCAUGUACCUGCGCGCCCAGCGCAUGUACGGCACGCUGCUGCAUCGGUAUAACCCGGGCAUGGGCAUGGACGAAGAGGAGCGGGUGCGGUUGACGGCCCGGCGCGUGGGCAUGGAUCUGCCCGUCGAGUAUGAGUGGAAGAUGAAGCGGUGA